GAGGCAGGACUGAGUGCGGGCCACUCACUCCGCGCCCUUGCGCUUGAGCCCACCCUCCAUCCGGCACCGCAGUGGGGGCUGCUCUUGCCGCUCUCCUCCUCCUCCUCCUCCUCCCGCCCCGAGGGCCCCCGAGUGGGGAGGGAGCGGGGGAAGAGGCGGGGGAGACGCCGACACUCGCGGAUGCGGCCAUGGCGGCUCCCCAAAGUUUCCCGGUGCACAGGACGGAGCCCAGCUGAAGGACGGAGGCGCCCCCAAGUCUCCCCUCGCCAAGAAGAUGGAAAAUGUCUCCAGUUCCACAGCGUUCCUGUCCUCCUUAUCUGAAGGAGAAGACCUGAUUUUUGGAAGUCUCUAUAUACUCUUUGGUGUAGUGUCUCUCUUUGGAAACUCUCUCCUCUUGCUGGUAGCAUAUCGGAAGAGAACCAUCUUAAAACCCGCUGAAUUCUUUAUUGUGAAUCUCGCCAUCAGCGAUGUGGGCAUGACUGUGAUCCUCUUUCCACUGGCCACACCAUCCUUCUUUGCACACAGGUGGCUGUUUAGCCAUGCCAUGUGCACCUUUUAUGCCUUCUGCGGAGUUCUCUUUGGCCUGUGCAGUCUCACCAGCCUAACAGCAUUGAGCGCCGUUUGCUGCAUGAAGGUCUGUUAUCCGGCAUAUGGCAAUAAGUUUUCUCCCACGUAUGCCAGUGCACUGCUAGCAUGUGUCUGGGCUUAUGCUCUCAUCUUUGCUGUGGCUCCUCUAGCUGACUGGGGCAGUUAUGGACCAGAACCGUACGGGACAGCCUGCUGCAUCAAGUGGAAAGCAUUGACCAGAGAGGCAAAAUACUACAUCAUGGCCCUCUUUAUCUUCUGCUACAUCAUCCCAUGCCUCCUGAUCCUCAUCUCUUACUCACUCAUCCUUUGGACUGUGAAAGUCUCCAGAAGAGCAGUGAAGCAGCACAUGUCCCCACGGAGUAGAGCCAACAGUGUUCACAGUUUGAUUGUCAAGCUCAGUGUUUCCGUGUGCAUCGGGUUUCUGGCUGCUUGGACCCCCUAUGCCAUUGUUGCCCUGUGGUCAGCUUUUGGUGAUGCCAGCCAGGUGCCCGUCUUGGCUUUUGCCCUCUCAUCUGUAUUUGCCAAGUCCUCAGCAACCUACAACCCUCUGGUUUAUCUGCUCUUCAAACCUAAUUUCCAUAAAUACCUGUCCAAAGAUCUCUCGCUGAUGCAGGCUGUCUGCGCUGUCUUCUGCUGCACUCGGCCCAGGGUCAUUGCCCUCCAGUCCUUCCACACACGAGACGGCAGAGCUUCCAUGAGAUUCUCCAGUGCUUUCACUGACCAUCGUGGAUCUUGCAGGAACUGCGCUGACACUUUUGAAUGUUUCCGUAACUAUCCCCGGUGCUACAGGCUCACCCAGAAACGUGACACAACUUCCAAGAGCAAUCCCCUGGCAGUCCUGGCAGAUGGAGCUACUUGCCGGCCAAGUCUGAAGAGAACUGUGCAGGUCAUGGUACUCGUUACGAGGAAGAAGACUGGAAUGGGGACUAUGAAUGUGACAGGGGAUGUUCUGCCCUCAAACAUUGUAAGGGAUCUAAUGUAAGCAUGGCAAGAGGAAAGCGAGCAAGGGGUUAGCCCCUUUCUUUCUAGGCCAGGCAAGAACAUUUGAUAGCAAUCUGAAGCAGAGCAUAGGCAAGUUACUUGGGGGGACUACAACUACCAGAAUAUCCAUGCUAGGUGUGAUGACUGGAUAUUCUGGAAGUUGUAGUCUAAACUGUCCUAAGUUCUGACAUCUACAAAUCCAUAUUUUGUCCAUAUGUACUGUGGUUCCCAAAGUGUGCUUUGCGGGUCAGAGGAUACUGCAAAUCUUACACCAGCAUAUAUUUUUUUCAUCAUGAACUUUUUCACAACUUAUGUAUUUUUACAGUUGCAAUUUUGUGCCAACAAUUUUGCACCUGGAAGAAAAAAGAAAAGCAAAUUGAUAAUGUCCAAUUCCUUCCUACCCACCUAUCCCCAUCACAAAUCUCUCUAAUCACCCCUUUUUGGUCAUUUAUAACGUUGCAUGGCACAAAUGUGAGAAUUGGUUUCUACCUCUGCAACCUGCAUAGUGCUGUGGUUAGGUUACCAAACUCAUGUUCAAGCAAUCCAUGCAGUUGACAUCAGAGGCAGGUACAAAUUAAUUCCUUGCAUAAUUGGAAGCUAAUAUUUUAAUCCAAUCAAGCUGUGUUGGCAACCACUCAGAUGUACCAUAAUACAGAUUAGGUGCAUGUCCAGUAUGCAGCCAAACCAGCAGGCUGGUACAAAGACCGCUGCAGUCACAAUGUCAGCACCUUGGUUCUGUAAGUUUGCUUUUAAAGUCUGUCUUUAAAAGUUCUAUCUUUAAAAGCCUAAGUGCUGAGUCAAUCCAAACCAAAAGUUGGAAACAUUCCUUUUUUUUGAAUGUCAGCUUCCAGAAUCACUCAUCCAUUAUGGUCAGUAGGGCCAUGAUAGCUAUGGGAUCCUGGGAUUUGUCGUUCAAAAGGUGACAUUUCCAAACUUGUAUUUAUUUGAUUUCUAAUGUUUAUUUUACAUACACACAUGUGUCUUCAUUCAUUUUUAUUUUGUUCAAUGUUGGAAGAACACAUUUCUUCCGAAAAGCUUCCAUAGUGGAAAGCUAAGCAAUUUAAGGUGCUACUCCAACCAGUUUCCUACCUUGACUUCGACAGCCUCGAGACAACUAUGGGACCAUCUGGUGAAAGUGUAUUAUUUCCUUGUGAGAGGUAAUGACACACCAAUCUACCUCACAAGAGAGGCUUAUGUAGAUGGAACAUCCUAAUAUCUAUAGGUGCUUUGAAUAUGACCACAUUCAGUAUUACUGCAUCUGAAUGUAUGCCUAUUCUGAUCUGAGAAACCAACAACUAUUCAGGCCAAAAAAUAAAGGCCUAUUCUAUAGGGAAGAGUUUCCUGAUAAACAGUCGCUCAAUGCAUAGAAGAUACUGGACUCCAAGGACACAGCAUCCAUUCUGGUUGGACUAGAGUCACAAAGUCUGGGUUUGACAAUGAGAAUUCUGUCAUCUUUUUAACACUAAGAAGACAAGACAUUCCCUAGAAUGGCAGGGCUACAGCCAAAGAAAUCGGUGCUGAAGAUUUAAAUGACAAGUCCUCUGAUGUCAAUGAAAAUAAUCCUAUCACUGUUAGUCUGUGACAAAUAAGCAUACCUAAUUUCAACAACAACAGAACCAUGAUGACUACAUGAUAUGGCAACGUGGCCAUUCCAUUUUUUAGACAGCAACAUGUUGUCUUUGUCUCCUUUUUAGCAAUGUUGCAAGAACAGCUAUUAAUCUUCCUGGUUAUCCCUCUGCAAUAUCCUGUUUGGCAAAGUCUGCCAACAAAAUUUAGUUCUUUGGACUACAACUCUCAGAAUCCCCCAGACAUUGUCCUUACCUUAGUGUCUGGAAAAGGAGACUACCUCUUUUUUUUCCAAAACUAAACCUCAGACAAUUUUCAAUUUUGGAAAAUUUACACUUGCAAUGGAAGUGUUGCACCUAGUGGCUGCCAGUUCAAAACUGGCUCUAGGGCCCAUCUAAAUUGCCCAUUCCUCCUAGCAAAGAUAGAAGCAAACCAGGCCAAUUCGUUGUUCUGUUUUUUUAAAAAGUAUGUUUGAAAUGGAGAGUUGUUGUUAAUAUCUUACAAAAACCUUAUAGAUCAGGUACCCUCCAGCUGUUUGGGCCUCCACCUUCCAAAAGUCCUAGCCAGCUUGUUCAAUGGUCAGGAAUUCUGGGAGUUGGAGGCCCAAACAACUGGAGGGCUGCAGUUUCAUGCUCAGAUCUUUAGGAUUCAAUAAGAUGAGAACAGAUCUAAGGAUUCUAUAAGAUGGAGAACAGACAUUUUGAGAAUUAGAGGAAGAACAUGCCCCCCCCCCCACCACCAAUUGCUUUAUUUUUAACAACAAAUCAAAGUUAAAUAUGGAAGUGAAAUAUAUUUAACCAUUCACCCAAAGACUGUAAUUGUCUUUGGCUGAAUCAAAGCAAAGGAUAACAUUGUAUUGCAAUUCUCACCAUCCCCGGGCAGUAUGGAUAUGACUGAAGGCUGAGGUCCAACUCUGGAAGAGCCUGAAGGCGCUAUUUGCUUGACUAACAGUGGCUCGUGUCCAGCAAAGGUAGUAUACCUCAUUCCAACCAUCUACCCAGUCAUCCUAAACAUAGAUACCAGGGCUUGAUUCUAUAAACCAUCUAAUCUCCAUCUGGUCCCCCUCCUCAUACAAUAACAACAUGCUGUUGGAACACAAGUGGGCAAGACAAACGCCACCUCUAGAGACCACUAUGAUACAAGUAGACUCUUGAGGCCAGUUCAUACAACCAUGUUAACUGAAAAUUCCAACCCACAAUGUUUUUUGUUAUCUGUUAUUUCUGUUUUCUCCAACUUUAGUCUCAGUAAUCGUGGUCCUAGCAAUCUCCCUCUGCAGCUUUGCACAUCUCACUUCAUCUGCAAAACCAUCUCAGGAUGGCUUUGCAGUCAGCAAUCCAUCACAUGCACUGACAUAUUUGCUGCAAGGUGUGCGGGCUUAUUAUCCUGCCUGUUUCGGCAAAGCAGGGAGACCUGACUUAGGAGAACAUUUAGUAGUUCCCUGCAAAGGAGCCUAAGAAAGAUAUGGGGAGACCAAGCUAUAACUUUCCAGUCGCCCUCAGCCUACGAUUGCUCCCUGCCCCUCACCUCAUAAUGGUGAAUUAGAUAUUCAUGAUAGAGGUUAGAAAAAUGUCUUUGAUUAUGACAUGUCUCAGAAUUUCCCACUGGAAUUUUGGGAUUUAUAACCAAAAACAUAAUGCUUCUAAACUCUUACCAACAGCUAUAACAUUUUUUUUCAAUUGGCCAGUAUCAUUCGAAGUAGUGCUGUUCCAUCUCUGCAGGUCAUCCAAAAUCCUGUGAAAAGGAAUGUGGAGGUGGCCAGAAACUAUCUUCAAAUUUUUAAGUAAUGGUAAAAUAGUUUUUUAUGCAUCAAUCCAGAAGGAGGAGGGUGCUGCUAGAUCACUUUGCUCUAUAUUCUCUCCACGGCAUAGGAUAAAUUACUUGUCUUCCUGAAUUCUCUAAUCUGAUUCUCACCUCCUUCUCAUGGAUUCCUUCUCUCCAGAUACAGACAUUGCUAUUCUCAGUGUGAAUUUCUGCAGAAGCAAAAUGCCAGCACUGUACCUUUUUUUGUAGACUCCUCAAAUAAAAUUUGCAGGGAUAGCAAGGGAAACCUAAGCUGGGAUCCCACUGCUUUGCCCUCCAAAAGUGCCCUCUGUUAAGACACUCUGGAAGAGGAAUGCUAUUUGAAAGUUUGGAAAUGUUACCAUUUCAGAUAGCAACAUCCAGAGAAUUGUCAUCUUUUAAAAAGUUGUAGCCCACAAAAGUUUAUUUCCCAAGUGUGGCCUUCUACAUGGCUUUUUCAUCUCUGGGAAAGAAAAUGGGACAUCAGAGUUGCAACUUGAACAAAGCUCUUGUAUCGAGAAGGAUGACAAAGCCAAGAAGAGAAGCCAAAUGGCCUGUUGACUUGAGAUGCCACAGGGAAUGUACACAUCAGUUUCUUCAGACCAUUGUUCUGUCAAACCCAAGACUGUUGGACUAUCAGUGACUCUCUGAGAUCUCGGGGAGAGAUCUUUUCCAGCCCUGCUACCUAAGGACCUUUUUAUAACCAGAAACACCAGGGACUGGACCUGGGACUUUCUGCAUGCAAAGCAUGUGCUGAUCUCCCACAAGCAACAGCCAUUGAAAACAAGCUGCCUUUGCUUCCACUCGAUUACAUUUAUCGGGUUGAUAAAGUGAUGAUUAAGGCUAAGAAGAGGAAACAGCUUUAAAGAAAACAUACAAAGCUAUUUUUCUCAGUGGGAGUCAGUCCAGGGGGGCAAAAAGAAACCAAAACCCAGACAAUAUCUGAAGUGCUCACCUCUUGUUUAACUGGGGCAGAGAACAAGAAAUCUGCAAGCACGUCACUGUUGGCAAGCAAUUGCCCUCUGCUUUACUGAAACAACUCUCUAUGCAGGGAGAUAAUGUCAGUGGAACAGCGACAUCCAAGAAAGAUAAGAUGAAGGGAUACAUAAGGAAAAAACAUACACAAAAACACACCACGCACACACAGAAAACAACAUGAUGGCUUUUUUGACUGGAUGACAUGUCAACCAGGCAAAGCAAGAUGUGACAACCUAAGGGGAUGAGGUGUAAUGGCCUCAUCCUGUGCCCUUUAAAGGAAAGAGACAAAGCUUAAACCAACAACGCACCUGUGGUUCUUUCAGCCUCAGCAGCAGCUGUGCUUCAAAGCCAGACUGACUGAGUGGCAGCCACUAGUGCACUAUAUUAUUGGGCAACUGCUAGCCAUUUCUGUUCUUAGCUAGGUGAAUGUGCUCCUGCGCUCCCUUUGCAAAAAGUAGUAUUUAUGCAAGCGCACAAUAGAGAGACAAAUGUAGGAAAACAUGGGUGAGACCUCAGCCAAGAUGGGCAUGAUGAGCCAAGGUAAAAAACCAGAAUUGAAGUCUCCACAAAUACCAUUAUAGCAGCGUGAUGCCACUUUAACUACCCUAGCUCAAUCCUAGGAAAUCCCAGGUUUUGUAGUUUCGGGAGAUAAUUUUCCUAGUGUCCUCUCUUAACUACAGUACUAGAGCUAUCUGACAGAAAAUCUCAUGAAACUACAAAUUCCAGGAUUUCAUAGGAUCAAAGUGCUAUAUUUCUGUAAGGUGGAUACACCUUGAUCUCCCUAAAAGAGCAAAUGAUAUUGAUAUCAGCAGUAGGGAAGUGAUCCAUCUCUACUGAUAGAAUACCAUACUGACAGUAGAAAUGGCAGUCCCUCUCUUUGUUGCCUGCCAGUUUAAACUACACCUCUCAGUAAUGUGUGAAAUACUCUUUUUCCAGCAACUGGCAUGCUUGUAUCAUUGCACUGUCUCCUUGUGAUCCAAGAUUUUUGGGAGCAGUUACAGUUUUACCAUUAGGGCUGCACUGUUAAUAUUAACCACUAUUUGCAAGUAUAGUUACAAUAUCAGGGUCAACUGGAAUCCAUUGGGGUUGUCAGCUUAUUUUCAAAUAGCCACCAAAUGAUCUUAAUGCCUUUAAUUGCAACUUGAACCAUCAACAGAUUGGCAAUUACUUCCAUGCUUCUCUCCCAUGCUUUGAGGAGCUUUGUCUAUUGAUCCCAACAGAAUUGAGCCAAGAUCUAAUGGUACCAUUGGCUGAUCAUAAAAUUUCCACCAGCAUAUUUCUGCUGUCAUCCUCUGUGCAGCACAGUUCAAUGGUGACAAAACAUACACGCUAUGGGCAAAGUUUGGGGGGCCCUAGGUGCUAUUCAUUUGCAUUUGUGCAGCUGAGUAAAAGGAACCACUACAAUGUGGUCAUAUCUCCAGAGUACUUGCUAGAUGUCCAAGAGAAUUAUGGCAGUUCCUUCUUCUUGACUGUGCAACUACAACUAUAUGAUGUCUAGGAGCAUUCCUCAUGAUAUCAACCUGAGGUUACAUGUUGGAGGCUCAUUUCACAAUUGGACACCUCCUUGCAAAACAUCCAAACAAAUACCUAUACUGUGAUGAUGGGAGGAUAUGCCAAGAUAUGUCAUGAACAGGAUCCCCACCUAAAUUUGCUAUUAGGAAGAAGCAUGGAAGUAGGCUUUUUUUUCCUAAGAAUUGACAACACUAUUGGUAAUCUUAAUCAAAUUAAGACCUGGCAGUAGUCGACUUAGAUGACUCAUCAAACCCAUCAAACCCAUCAUGGCUGACCCACCCAUGAAGGUGGUGGAUCUAAGAGCAAAGUUUUUACCUAGCUAUGGUUGCUUAAUCUCUCCCCUUUCUGAGCUGUUCUUCACAUGGUAUUUCUCACGUGCUUUAGUCUCAUUUAGGCUGAAAGAGGAAGACCAAUAACACAGACACUUCAUGUACUUGUGCUGGCGUCUUCAUCAACUCCCAAGCUGCCAUUUAGAUGCUUUGUAACCUGAAAUUCCCUUGUGCAGUUUCCAUUGGGUAAUGUUCCUCCUCGCUUGCUGUCCUUAAAACUAGCAUGUAGCAUUGUUCUGAGUCGUUGGGCAUUUGCUGCACUUUUCUCCAGAAGUGGUCACACUUCGGCAGUGUUUGCAGAGCGACUGAUGCCUUCCUCUUGUUUUUAACAGCCAGUCGCUCAGAGACUUGUAAAGCACUUUGGGAUCCAUCCAGAUCGAAGGAGCUUUCUUAGAUGUAUAAGUAUUAUCCUUAAACUAAGAAAAUACUGGUCGUAGUUCUAGCUUACAUGGCAAAGCAUGCGCCAUGCAAAAUGUGGCAGAUGUGUUGGUCCACUGGUGGUCUCAGCUAAACUGCUAUUGCAAAUAGCAGCCUCUCUAUGACACGAGUGGGUCAAUGAACAAGAAUGGGAUGGGACUUCUGACUUGUCCACAAUUUCCAGAAUUACAUGCAAAUGGGUGCACUCAGAUUCUGAAACAUCAUGCGCAUAGCACGCAUGAGCAUAUGCAAAUAACCAAACAAGCCCAGAUUCUGCAAAGUUGCAUGCACGUUGCCAACUUUACUACCAUAAUGUGUCUUACUGGGGUCCGUAGAAUUAGCAACACUCUAUAAAGUUAGACUAAGAAUGCUAAAGAACAAAGCCAGGGCUCCUGACAUGAAUGAAUCUAAUCCAAUGAUUUUGUGCUUCACUAUCAGAGCUUCCACCUGGAAUUAAGAGAAAGGAACAGCCUUGAGUGCUAAGUAUCCAUACAUCCGGCUGGAGCAUGGUCAGUAAAGAAGGUGGCAGUUCUAUAUAGUACGGCUAACAUUGGUCAGUUUAAAGCCAGAGAUUUUCCACAUGGCUGUACAUCCACUGCUGAAUCAAGAAACUACAAAGGCAGGCACUUCCCACCAGAUUAUACUUCUCACAGUGGUCACAAGCUGACUGGGGAGCUUUGAAAGUUGCUGUUGCAGCCGUUUUCCUCCCCAUUUCUCUGUCUCUUGCCUACAUGUUGGACACUAGAUAUGGAGCACUGCAAGUAGAGUAGAAUAGUAGGGAGAAAGGGGAGAAUUGAGUGGAUAAGAGACAGGACAUAAAAUGCAGUCAUAGUGGGAUGUUCUGAAUCAGUGGUGUCUAAAUAUAACAAAAGGAUCAAUUAUCUAAACUUUCCUGUCAUCUAAGUGGAAGGAAAAGCACUGCUUGUUUUUGGGAGGGUGGCACUGUGAACAAGACUCUCCAGAUCAUCAGUAGUUGGUAGAGAUACUCUUGUAUUGUGGAAGCAGGAAUUAUCUGCCAUUCUUGUAGCCUCCCAUCCUAGGGGCACCUCACUCUACCUAAUGGGGUGGGAUGCAUUGCCAGAGGCCUUAUCACAUUAGAGCUUAAAGAACAGGCAAAGAAUUUGCAUCCCAUCUGAAAUCCCGUGGAUGCUUCCUGCAAAAUUCUGGGGCUUGUAGUUUAGGGGAGCGGUCUUUAAAAUGCUCAGCCAGAGAGGUCCUGGGUCUCACUAAACAAACAUAUCGGCAUCAUCUGUAUUGUUUGUCUCAGGAGCAGAAUUACUUUUUGGAACCACAGCUCCCAAUUUUUUUCGAACAGCGUGGUCACUAAGGGAUUCUGGGUGCUGUGGUCUCCAAAAGUAACAUUACCAAGCCCUGUGCAUCUAACAUAUCCACACAUUGCUCCCAGUAGUUCUUGAAAUUUAGAAAGAAUUCAGUCAGGAUGGGCUGUUUCCUAAUAUCAUGUCAGGAGAAGGAAGGAAUCGGACCCCAGAUUAUGGUUUAGCUCAGGACCCCUUUCUUCCUUAACCCAAUGCUGGGUCCAUGUGAACAACUAUAAACGCACACGCAAAUCUUUGCACAACUGGAACCUUGGACGUCUAACCAGCCAGCCUAAGUUCCACAAAGCGGCAGCUGAGUUAGAUGAAAAGUUCUGGGCUUCAUAUCUUAUUGGUGCUAUGCAAAGAUAAAACUCUGAUAUCUAGGUAGCUAGCAAACAAACAAGAGCAAGUUCCAACUGUUUGCAGAUGUAUUUUUUACACCCUUCAAAAACUGGAAAUCCUAACCCAAAAUCUGAAUACCUCACUCCAGACUACCCAGUGGCCACCUUUGAAAUACCAAGGGCUACUACAGCUGUGAAUUCCAUGGUAACACCCACCUGUGCCACAUGAAAAAAGAAACAUCCAGCCCAAGCCCUCUGUUCCUUUGCUUAAGAACUCAAUUGUUGUGCAGAAAUGGUACAUUUUUUCCAAAUAAAUUUGCUCGUUCGAAACUCCUA